AAAAAAAAUGUCGUUACAAAGCAUACAAAGUUAUCAUGAAAACAUGUGCAAAAAGUAUUAUUAAUUAUAGUGAAAAAGUUUAAAUGUUUUAUAAAUAAUUACUUGUAAAUGACAUACAGUGAACGUUACAAUUUUUACUUAUAACAAUGAUACAAGUAUCAGAAAUAAGGAGAUAAAAAUCAUCGAAAUUUGGAAAAAGUUGCAAAAUUUGAAAAUUAUUACAGAGUGAUUGUAAGAAUUUAAAAAAAAAAUGGUCAACAUUUAUAAAAUCGAUAAAAUUGAUGAAAUGGAUGAAGAGGAUAAAAUUGAUGAACUGGAUUUAGUGGAUAAAGUCGAUAAAAUAGAUGAAAUGGACGAAGUGGAUAAUAUCGAAAAUCAGGACAAAAUAAUGGACGAAUUAUACACUGCAAUUCAUUUCGGCGAUUUGAAGGAAUUGAAAAAACUAACAAAUUCUUUAUCCGAGACUAAUAAUUGGCAUCCUGACUACGAAAUGCUUUCGCUGGCAUUUUUACACAAACACCUAAAUAUCGUCAAUUUUUUACUCGACGAUAUAAAUUGUGAAAUUACCGGCAAUCACAAGGGAAAUUAUCGUGAAAAUUCACCAAUGCAUUCGGCAGUAUUACACGGUAAUUCAGCACUAGUGAGACGUCUCCUAGACAGAAAUGCCUCACUCGAAAUUCGCAAUAUCGACGGUUAUCUACCUCUCCACAUGGUCGUCUAUCGAAAUUCAAUAAUUUCCAAAAGUUCCCUAUCGCCCGAUAAUUUCGAGAAGGAAACAAAAAAUAUUAUCACCACACUUCUUAAUUAUAAUCAAAGAAUUUGUUGCUGCAUCGACGAAGUUGUCAAUUCCUACGAAAAAUAUGGUUACACUUCUUUGCAUUUGGCCGCCGAGUGUUCGAAUCUAAAAAUAAUUCCAAUUCUCCUGCAGGCGAAUGCAAAUUUCAACGCAACGACAGAAAUCGGUCAAACGCCCCUUCACAUUGCGACAAUAAACGGAAACAGUGAAAUAGUGAAUUUUUUACUUAAAAUCGGUGUUUCUGUUUUCAAAAAAGAUCAAAGGGGUAAAACCCCCCUUUGUUGGGCAAUCGAAAUGGAUCAUCGGGACAUUAUCGAGAUACUCGUGAAUUACAAACCUGUUUACCCGAAGAAAACCGUCAAAUACAUUCCGACUUUGAAGGACGAUUAUUCCUCUCUUCUGACAGCUGUGAAAAUGAAUAAAACCGAAUUGGUCAACUAUCUUCUGAGUAAGGGAGCGAAUGCCAACGUCUCGUGGAAAAAUGGAAUCACAGCCCUACACACUGCUGUGAAAAAUGCCUCGGACGAUAUGAUAAAAAUUCUCCUCCAGUAUAAAGCCGAUGUGAACGCAAUUGCACAAAAUCGAAAGACACCUCUUUACCUCGCAGUCGAGCACGAUCUUGAGAAUAUCGUCCAAUUUUUCCUAGAAAACGAACCAGAGAGCAGGAAAUCAAUCUACUUUCCCUGCGAUCAAGGUCUCACACCCCUUCACCUCGCGGUCAAGAAAGGCAAAGAAGAAAUCACCAAAUUAUUACUAAAGUUCGGUAAAAUAUUCUAUCAUCCCGAGUGUACGGAAUCAGUGCUUCACACCGCAGUUCAAGAGAAUCAAACCCGACUUCUAAAAAUUCUUUUGAAAACGAAAGGAAUUUCUGACUUUGAUUCGGGAAAAACGGCUUUGGAAUUGGCUGUCGAAAAAGGAUCCAUUGACACUGUAAAAGAGUUCUGUAUGUUUUACACCGAGAGCAAUGUUCAUUGGAAUGGUUAUGCGGCCCUUUAUGUAGCAGCGUUAAAUGGGAGGAUAAAUGUUCUGAAACUUCUCCUCGAGUACGGCGCUUGUCUGAAUACUCCCAGUGAUGAUUAUCUAACUCCUUUGAUAGCAGCCGCAGAAAAGGGGCAUUUGAAAAUAGUACAGCUCCUGAUAGAGAAAAAAGUAAAUGUCAACGAAACGGGACCAAGUGGAAAGUGUGCCUUACACUUUGCGGUCGAGAAUCAAUUCCCAAAAAUCGUCCAAAUUCUUCUCGAGAGUGGAGCAAAUGUCAACCAGCGAGCUUUGGGUCUAACGGCGCUACACUGUGCGGUCUACGUCGGCUCUUUGGAAAUUGUCAAACUUCUCCUCGAAAAAGGUGCGGACAUAAAUGCAAAAAAUCUCAGUGACGCUACGCCUCUAGUCACCGGAGUUCAGAAAAAUCAAACCGAAAUCGUGAAAUACCUGCUUGCUAACGGCGCCGAUGUUUACGUCACCGAUCACGAUAGUAGCAUAAAAUCCUUCAACUUCUGCAGCGAUUGCGUUUACGAUUUAAACACAGUCGGUAGUAUCCGACCACUUCUCGUCGCCAUCGACAACGGAAAUGAGGAAAUUGUCCUCACCCUUCUGGAAAAUGGUUGCUAUCCCGACGUCGUCGGCGAAAAAGUCUCACCCAUUCAUCUCGCGUCAUCAAACGGAAAUCUGCCGAUUGUGAAAAUUCUCAUUGAAUUUGGUGCCGAUUUAGGUUGGGUGUGUGCUGAAAAAUACACACCACUCUCACACGCCAUCGCCAGGGGACAGACGGAAACUUUUAUGCACCUCAUGAGUACUGGUAUCAAUUUCCAGGACAAUGAGAAUAAUUCCCAACUUCACAUCUCCCUGAAUCGUUGUCACAAGGACAAGAAGGUCGUUCAACUCCUCCUCGAUUUUGGAGCCGAUCUCAAUGCGAGAAAUUGCGAAAAUAAAAUCCCCCUUCAUUGCGCCUUCUCCAGCGAAAAUGAUCACGAGGAUGAGGAAUUAUUCCAACUUCUUCUCGAUUAUGGUUCGGAUCCAAGUUCCACGGACCAGGACGGUAACAAUUCUCUCCACCUGGCAGUUUUCAGCAACGAUUUCACAGCUACAAAAGUAUUACUCGACUAUGUGAGUAAUAAUUUUAGUAUAAAUUCCCUAAAUAAUAAUCAACGACCACCACUGCACAUAGUUGAUAAAUCAUUACAAGACGAAUUAAUUCUCUACGUUUAUAAAACAGAAUCACAACUCCCCGCUUCUGUUCGAUUGGCAAAAUUAUUUUUAACAAAACUUGCAUUUAUGGAAUCGAGACAAGAAUUUAUUAACAAGGAAAAUUUACAGUUAGCAAACGGGAAGAAUAUGGUGAAAUUUUAUCAACGAUGUAAAGACGAAUUGAACGAAAUGAAGGAGAAAAAAAUUUACGAACAAAUUAGUUACUAUGAUAUUUUAACGGAAAAUGAAACGCAAAUAUUAUUGUACUUGAAGAAUGAGAAAAUUUUGGUAAAUUUAAAAUUAAUUUAUCUUAAAUCAUUAUUUCCGUGUUAUACAAUUAUGAUUUUGAAUCGUGUUAGUAUGGUGCAGGAAAAACGACAAUUAAUCGAUGAAACAUUGGAAUGUUUCGAAAAAUUGUUAAAUUAUAAAUUACCAUCGCUUAUUGUUCAUGAAAUUUUCAAAUAUUUUAAUUUUUCUGACAUGCGAAAUAUGUAUAGAGCACUUUAUCGUCGACGUGAAUUGAUAAUGAAGCAAUUUAAACAAAAUUAGAAGAGAGGAAAAAAAAAUUCUUUGCUCGCACUCAAAGCAAAAAAAAUGGCUGUUACAAAUAAUUAAUUAAUUAAAUUAAUUAUGU